AUGCCCAGUCGACUGAAAAACCGAUCGUGCAGCUCAGAAUGGUCGCGGCUACGAGAUAUCAUCAAGCACAAAUUGAACCAAAACAUCGCCAUGUUUCUGGCUGAACAAAACGACAACACAGCUACACCGCCGACGCCAUGGACUGCGCGAGUCUCGACGCCCGGUGGUAUGAAGCUUCCUCCGUUCCCUGCGAGAGAGCGGAACGAGCAGAAUCCCAAUGAAGCGCCGAAGAGCAAGCUAACGGAGGAGGAAGCCAAUGAUGCGAAGAAGUAUAUUUUUGCCCAGCUACAUGAGUUCGAGGGAGCGCCCCCGUUUACAAUACAACGCGUCUGCGAGCUCUGCAUCCGUCCGAAACAGCACUACAAACGCAUCGGAAAAUACCUUCGUGCCUUCGAAAAGUCUCUCCUCGUUACCUCAACCUGGGACGCGUUCCCCGUCCCACCCGAAUCCGAUACGAACAAAGACUCGACCAAAGCGCCGGCUGAGCCGUCCUUCUUCCCUAGUCGCGACUCCUCCGUGCCCAGCACGCCCCUGUUCUCGCCGAUCCCUUUCCUCCAUGACGAUGCGCGUCGCUCCAAGUCGCGCAGUCCACCUCCGUUCGUGCUUGACGCUGUCGAGGACAAGACGGGUGAGCCGCCCUUGCCGGCGCAGAACGAGAAUCAUGGAUUGGAGCCGCGUGCGCUGGGCCUUGUGGACGAACUAGACGACCCUGCACCCGGACAUAUGAGCGAUCAUCCAACGGCGUUGACGACGACGACGACGGUUGGCCUAGAAUCCGGAGCGAAGCCGCUAUUUGCCACUCUUGAGGAGCGUUUCGUCAAGUCAGAAAUCGAAGCCCCGCAGCCGUCGACGGACCCAACACAACAGACAGGGCAAAGCUCGGAAGAUCAAGAUGCAAUGGAUCUGGAUGCGGACAACGAGGACAAGGAAAACAAAGCCUGA